GUCGAUGGAUGCAACGUUCGACGAUUAUUGAAGCUAUAGCAUCGAAGCUCUCUAUCCCCGGCUAGGUCAGCGCUCAUUGUGGCCACCUAGCUCUGAUACAACACUCCUUUCAACAUGGCGCCUGGUAUCAUAGAGCCAACGAGCAUUGUGGCCACGGCUAAUAAAGCCGUCUCUCUGGCUCAGCUUACCGAGGAAUGGGACGAUACUAUUCGUUUUUAUCUCAACGGCACGAAGGUGGCGGUUGAUUCUGUCGGUCCUGAGGUCACCCUUUUGGAAUAUUUAAGGGGAAUAGGAUUGACAGGGACAAAACUGGGAUGUGCAGAAGGAGGCUGUGGUGCUUGCACUGUGGUUGUCUCGCAAAUAAACCCAACGACCCAAAAGCUAUACCACGCAUCCGUUAAUGCCUGCCUUGCCCCGCUGGUUAGUGUGGAUGGGAAACAUGUCAUCACAGUCGAGGGAAUCGGGAACGCGAAGAAUCCACAUGCCAUCCAACAGCGUAUCGCUGUUGGUAAUGGAAGUCAGUGCGGCUUUUGCACUCCGGGUAUUGUGAUGAGUCUCUAUGCCCUAUUACGCAACAACCCACGCCCGUCAGAGCAUGCUGUGGAAGAAGCUUUCGAUGGCAAUUUGUGUCGCUGUACUGGAUAUAGACCUAUACUCGAUGCUGCUCAGAGCUUCAAUGCAUCUAAUAGCUGCGGACAGUCUACCGCAAAUGGUGGAGGGGGUUGCUGCAAGGAGAAACAAAAUGGAGGGUGCUGCAAGGGAUCCUCGGGCGCCAAUGACGAGCAGGGCGUUUCAGCGAAGUUCACACCACCCGAUUUCAUUCCAUACAGCCCAGACACAGAAUUGAUCUUCCCCCCGCACCUCACAAAGUAUGAGUUCCGGCCAUUGGUUUUUGGUAACAAGAGGAAGAAGUGGUAUAGGCCGAUUAAUUUGCAACAGCUCCUGGAGAUAAAGAGUGUUCAUCCUUCAGCAAAGCUCAUUGGAGGAAGUACCGAAACCCAGAUCGAAGUCAAGUUCAAGGCAAUGAGAUAUGAGGCUUCGGUUUAUGUUGGUGAUAUUCCAGAGCUACGCCAGUACUCAUUCCACGACGACUUCUUGGAGAUUGGCGCCAACGUUUCGUUAACGGACCUUGAAACAAUUUGCGACAAAGCUCUUGAGAGAUAUGGACCAGUGCAAGGUCAACCAUUUAAUGCCAUCAAAAAGCAACUUCGAUACUUUGCUGGAAGGCAAAUUCGUAAUGUUGCUUCGCCGGCUGGAAAUUUGGCUACCGCAUCGCCCAUUUCAGACCUGAAUCCAGUGUUUGUAGCCACCAAAACGGUCCUCACUGCCAAAUCACUGGACAAAGAAACCCAGAUCCCUAUGGACCAGUUCUUCAAGGGGUACAGAGCCACCGCACUUCCUCCGGAUGCUAUUAUAGCAAGCCUCCGUAUUCCUAUCUCACAAAAGAAGGGGGAAUACAUUCGAGCUUACAAGCAAUCAAAGAGGAAGGAUGAUGACAUUGCUAUAGCCAAUGCUGCUUUGCGUGUGGAACUCUCGCCGUCCAACGAUGUUCUGAGUGUGAAUCUGGUUUUCGGAGGGCUGGCACCAAUGACAGUUUCUGCACGGAAUGCCGAGUCUUACAUCAUUGGCAAGAAGUUCACCAACCCUGCCACACUCGAAGGCACGAUGAUUGCGUUGGAGAAAGACUUCAACCUAGCAUUUGGUGUUCCAGGUGGUAUGGCGACAUACCGCAAAUCUCUCGCCUUGGGGUUCUUUUAUCGAUUUUACCAUGAUGUACUGUCCGGGCUUGAGGUCAAGGGCACUGACAUUGAUCAAGAUAUAGUAACAGAGAUUGAAAGAGCUAUCUCAUCGGGGAAGAAAGACGAGGAACCAUCGGUAGCCUAUCAACAAAGGGUUUUAGGGCAGGCUACUCCGCAUGUUUCUGCGCUGAAGCAGGCCACUGGAGAAGCUCAAUAUACCGAUGAUAUUCCAGUGCAGCAAAACGAGCUUUUUGGUUGUCUCGUUCUCUCGACCAAGGCUCAUGCUAAGCUCAUCAGCGUCGAUCCAACAGCAGCGCUUGAUAUUCCUGGUGUCUAUGGAUAUGUGGAUCAUCAAGACCUUCCCAACGCAGAGGCCAACUGGUGGGGUGCACCAAAAAAAGAUGAGGUAUUCUUUGCGGUGAACGAGAUUACCACCGCUGGGCAGCCCAUCGGUGUGAUCCUUGCAAAGACGGCCAAAAUCGCCGAGGAGGGCUCGAGAGCUGUAAAGGUUGAAUACGAAGACCUGCCACCAAUCCUUACAAUCGAAGAAGCGAUCGAGGCGGGGUCUUACUUCGCACACUACCCGUUCAUAAAAUGCGGUGAUACUGAGAAGGCCUUUAAGCAGGCAGAUCAUGUCUUCACCGGUGUUUCGAGAAUGGGUGGCCAAGAGCAUUUCUAUCUCGAAACUCAAGCUUGUGUAGCUAUUCCGAAGCCUGAAGAUGGUGAAAUGGAGAUUUGGAGUAGCACUCAAAAUCCCACGGAAACACAAACAUUUGUUGCUCAAGUUACUGGUGUCGCAUCCAAUAAAAUUGUUUCUAGGGUGAAGCGCUUGGGUGGUGGCUUCGGUGGUAAAGAAUCACGAUCGGUUCAACUUGCGGGAAUUUGUGCAGCUGCAGCUGCAAAAACAAGACGAACAGUUCGAUGCAUGCUUAAUCGGGAUGAAGAUAUCGCCUCUUCGGGUCAACGCCAUCCAUUCCUUUGUCACUGGAAAGUUGGAGUGACCAAAGAGGGGAAGCUCCUUGCUCUUGAUGCCGAUGUCUACGCUAAUGGUGGCCACACACAGGAUCUCUCUGGCGCAGUUGUGGAGAGAUCUCUAUCACACAUCGAUGGGGUAUAUAAUUUCUCAAAUGUCAAUGUCCGCGGCCGUAUUUGCAAGACGAAUACCGUUUCGAAUACCGCGUUCCGUGGCUUUGGUGGUCCGCAGGGCCUAUUCUUCGCCGAAUGUAUCGUGUCGGAGCUGUCAGAUCAUCUCAACAUUCCCGCCGAAGAAUUACGCGCCAAAAACAUGUAUAAGCCUGGAGACAAGACCCAUUUCAACCAGGAGCUCAAGGACUGGCAUGUCCCGUUGAUGUAUAACCAGGUGUUAGAGGAGAGUUCCUACAAUGAGCGUCGUCAAGCCGUGGAAGAAUACAACAAGAACCACAAAUGGUCAAAACGUGGGAUGGCUAUUGUUCCGACUAAAUUCGGCAUCUCUUUCACAGCUUUGUUCCUGAACCAAGCUGGUGCUUUGGUCCAUAUUUAUCACGAUGGAAGCGUCCUGGUUGCGCACGGUGGCGUUGAGAUGGGGCAAGGUUUACAUACCAAGAUGACUAUGAUUGCAGCAGAGGCACUGCAGGUUCCUCAGGCCGAUGUAUUCAUCUCAGAAACGGCUACCAACACAGUUGCAAACACGUCCCCUACCGCUGCCUCUGCAAGCUCAGAUCUUAAUGGAUAUGCUGUCUUCAAUGCGUGCGCGCAGAUUAAUGAGCGUCUUCAGCCAUAUCGUGAAAAGAUGCCUAAUGCUCCCAUGAAAGAUCUGGCCCAUGCAGCUUACUUCGAUCGAGUCAAUCUUUCUGCGCAAGGAUACUACCGCACACCCGAGAUUGGUUAUGUAUGGGGUGAAAAUAAGGGCCAGAUGUUUUUCUAUUUCACUCAGGGUGUAACAGCUGCUGAGGUAGAAAUCGAUACACUGACUGGUGACUGGACACCCUUGCGAGCGGAUAUCAAAAUGGACGUUGGCCGCAGUAUAAACCCGUCCGUGGAUUAUGGCCAGAUAGAAGGGGCUUUCAUUCAGGGCCAAGGUCUUUUUACCACGGAGGAGAGUCUCUGGCAUCGCGCCUCGGGUCAAAUCGCCACCAAAGGCCCGGGGAACUACAAGAUCCCUGGGUUCAGAGAUAUCCCCCAGAUCUUCAACGUCAGUCUUUUGAAGGAUGUGGAGUGGGAGAAUCUCCGCACAAUCCAGCGCUCGCGAGGAGUUGGGGAGCCGCCACUCUUUAUGGGAAGUGCUGUUUUCUUCGCCAUACGGGAUGCUUUGAAAGCUGCGCGGAAGCAGUGGGGAGUUGAUGAGGUCCUCAAAUUGCAAAGCCCAGCCACACCGGAACGGAUCCGGGUCAGCUGUGCUGAUCCUAUCAUUGAGAGGGCGAGAGUGGCCCCUAAGGAGGGCGAGAAGAGCUUUUUUGUUUCGAUUUGAAUGGCGGGAGAUUGACGGUAUCAUUAACUACUCGGGGUAUCUUUUGGUUAUUCAUUAUGAUUUUAUAGCGAUCAAACAUCAUCUACGACCUUUUAUGCAUCUGGAGCACGUCCAGUCUGUUAUCAUUGCAGGGCUUCCUGUCAUCUUUUGCCAUAUGCUAUUGUCAUUUAGGUUUUCUGAAGAGCUACUGCCUUAUACCAGUGCUAAUACAUGCAUUUUCGGACAUGGAUCUAUUUAUUAGGUUAUAAUAAUUGCAUUGACAGUUUCCAUACA